UGCUGGAGCUGCCACUGCUUCCCGGCAGACUGGGAGGGGCGGAGAGGACCAGUGGCCCGGCACAGGAUUCCCGGAUCCAACGAGCGACAGGAGUGAGACUGUACAGUGGGAGAGGUGCCAACAUGUCGGGCAGCCAGUGCCAGGUUCCUCUGGUCACUGGACCAGUGUCAGAGAGCUUCAGUCUGAUGGUUCAGGCCCGGAUCAACUGGGAGAUGUUCCUGACACCAAUGUCCAGCUCCAUCGCCAUUCUCGCUGACCUGGUGCGUCAGGCCAAGAGCGGGAAGGAUGUUCCUCUCAACCCAGACCCCAAGAAUCCAGGGUCAUUCCAAGGAAGCCUGCUGGACAUUUGUCUACAGGCUCCAAGAUUGUUCCAAGAUAUCCGUAACAACAUCUUCAAGAUCCAGUGCAAUUGUCAGGACAUGCCUGUCCUCUUGAAGAAGGUGAGGGAGGGGUUCGGCGUGGACACACGCCUUCCUCAGAAGCUGAAGCUCAUUCAGAACUGCACUAAGGAGUGCAGGGCUGCUGCAGGGUGUGUGGAGGAGACCCUCUCCUCCCUCAACAAGCAGCUCUCCGAGCUACUGGAGAGGUGUGCAGCGUCCCAGUGCUGCAGCCAGGCACAGCUCCAGGAAGUGCAGGCAGCCCUGGGUAAAACACGGCAGGGCAUCCAGUCAGUCGAGGAAGAGAAGAAAGCUCUGGAGGAGGAGUGGUCCCAGGUUUCCCUGGAGAGGGAGAAGCUCAUGGAUGCACUGAAUGAUGUCAAGUCACGGGCCUUCACUGACACCCUGUGUGAGGAAGGGCUGAGGGAAUUGCGGGAGCAUUUACCCCAGGUGCUGGACCUUCUGGGCAGUGUGAUUAACCCAACAGUCCUGGUCUCCGAGCUCGGGAAAGGGGUCAAGUUCAUCAUCAGCGAGAUCUCUGCCCUGAGAAAUAAGGAUUCCAGUUCUGCGCUCAGUGCCUUCCUGGAUGAUGUGGAAAAGAAGGCCUCACAGAAGAUCGAGGAGGUCCAAUCUCAGAUGGAUCAAGCUGGACAGAAGUACAAGCAGUGUCUCCGAGAGAUGGAAGAUCUGAGGAAACAGAGUGCGCAGUUGUCAGAGAAUUUAACUGCCCAGCGGACGCAGGAGCAGGACAUCAGCUCGACACUACUGCUGAUGUCUAAAGACCUGGAGCUGCUGGGGAGCAUCAGAGCCAACUGGUCCCAGGCCAUCAACUUCAUUCACCUGAUCCCCAAACUAAUGGGAGAUUGCCAGAAGAUGUUUGAGAGGGUGGGUGGUGGGAAGGAUGGAGCUAGUACCCAGGCGAUUGUGUUCCAAGACCAAGUGUCCCAGGCAGGCACCAUCGUGACCCUCCUCGGGACCAUGUCAGGAACCUUUGUGGAGAUUUAUGAUAAGAGCUUGCAGGGUCCACUGAAGGAUCUGGGUGAGGUCCUGGUCCAGGAAGGCAUUGACUACAAGUUGAAGACCAUCAAGAUGAAUUGUCAGAGAGCAGAAGAAGAGGUCCAUCAGCGGGCAAGGAAGGUUCAGGAGGCAUUUGAGGAGGAACUGUUGCAGGGAAGUCACGCCCUUGGGAAACUGGCAGCUCAGCUUGGCCCCAGGGGGUGAGGGAGGGGAGGGUGGGUGUGGGAGCUAGGCUGUACUUAGGGAACUCCACAUGGAAGCAGCUCCAGAACACCUUAAUCAUGGCAGAAGAACGGGCUGCAGCUCCCCGAGCCUCCUGACACCCACUGUACCUCUCCCCGACCCUCUGAUGAGGGUAACACCUACUGACCCUCACCCUCUGAACCUGCUGACAAUAAAGCUGUCGAAUCUGU